CUUUCAUCUCUCCUUGUACAGCUAAAAUCAUUGUUUUUGUUCUUGGUUGGGUGAGCUAUCAGCUAUGUAUAUUAACCUUUUCCAUCAUCGUCGUUACCAUCAUCAUUUUCCUUUACCGGAAAUGAUUAGCAGAACUAAUAACGGCAAUGAGCCGCCGGAAAUCGACGACGGCGGCGGCGGCGGCAAUUCUUCAAGGUUCAUCCCGAGAGGACACUGGAAACCCGAUGAAGACGCCAAGCUCAAAGAGCUCGUAGCCCUCCACGGCGCACAUAACUGGAAUUUCAUCGCUCACAGUCUUCCAGGGAGAUCAGGGAAGAGUUGUAGAUUGAGGUGGUAUAACCAGCUGGAUCCGAAGCUAAAUCGGAGCACGUUCACGGCGGAGGAGGAGGAGCGGCUGGUGGAGGCGCAGAAAAUGUACGGCAACAAAUGGGCGACGAUCGCGCGCCUGUACUUCCCCGGCCGCACGGAUAACGCCGUGAAGAACCACUGGCACGUCCUCCUCGCCAGAAAUGAGCGGUGGUGGCGGCAACAGCAGCAACAAAUCGGCGAGGUUUCCGCCGCUAGUUUUACCAGCAAUUGCGGCGGUUACAAGAGAAUGAAGCUAACAAACGCCAUUAAUAAUCCAAGCAGUUUCAAUGCCGCCGCCACAGAAUCCACCGUCGAUUCUAAGUCCACUUGCAUUCACCUCUCCCUUUCCGCCGCUUCGUUUGGCCGUAAUCCAAUGCCGCCGGACUUUCUAACCCCCGGCGCCGUUACAGGAUCAUUAUCCUCAUCCGAGGGAAAGGAUAGGCAAUGCAACUCUCCACUUCCAAUUUUAAGCACACCCAUUAGCGAUAUAGGAUUAAGUAUCACAGGGUCAUCGUCAUCUAGGACGGAAGAGGGAAAGGGCAAGCAAUGCUACUCUCCACUUUCCAUUUUAACCACACCCAUUGCUACCGAAAUAGGAUUAAGUAUUACUACAGGGUCGUCGUCCUCAUCGAGAGUGGAAGAGGGGAAGAGUAGGAGGGGUGGAGGUGGGUGGUGGGGUGGUCAAUCAGAGUCAUCAAACUCAGAGGUUAGUGGUGCAUCUGAGUCAGUGGCCAACCUCAAGGGCACCAAUCAGAAAACAGAUCAGGGCAAUCAGUUGAACAAAAUUGCUUUCUAUGAUUUUCUAGGAAUGGGAGCCACUUGAUUGAGAGUCAUAUGCCAGACAAGUCUAGCUAGAUUGUUGAAAAUUAAGAAGAGACAGAAACUUGAACAUCAUACUGCAGUCAAAAUUGGACUGUUCUUUCCAUCUUGGUAGAAUAGAAUAGGAUAUGAUGUGUAUAUUUAAUUAAAUGCCUUUUGAAACCCAAAAAAAAAAAUGUUGAAAAAGUAAAAGAAACAGACAAAAAAAAUUGCAAAAAUAAGGCAGGAAUGAUAGAUAUUGCUUCUCUAGCUAUUGGUGGAAGCAUGAAACUCUAAUGGGAUAUGAUGGAGCAAACCAAAGGGCAAAGGCCUCAGCUCCAUCAAGUUCAAUGUUGAUGGCAGUAAGAGAGGAGAAUCAAGAAUAUUAGAGACAAAGAGUGUCUUUGAGGAUGAAUAGAGGAAGCGGUUUGAAGGCUUUACUUACAAGAAACGACAAAGAGUAUGUUUGAGGAUGAAUAGAGGGAGGGCGACAAGAAAGCUUUACUUACAAGAUGGAGAUUGUUUUCAGUUCAAUAAUGGUGGUCUGGAAUUGUCAUUCAUGUAUCAUGUAUAGGUUUUUAUUUUGUCGAGGAAAGUCCUUAGAAAAGAUAAAUUUGAAAAUGAUUAUUUAGUGGUUGUUAAGAAUGCCCUCCACCCUCAUUAUACUAGGACCUUGUUGUAUAGGUUGCAUUGUUGUUGGAUUUGUACUCUUAGACAUGUCUAAAAGGAAGUGGAAUUUUAUGCAAAUUAAUUGCAUGGUGACAAA